GCCGAGCUCAAGCUUGUCUCAAAGCUCGCGAGCUCUACCGAGCCGAGCUCGAGCUAUUCGGCAGAAGCUUGAAAUUUUCACUCCCGCUACCCAUCCCAAUUUUUCCCGCACUCCAAUUCCAAAAUCCUACCACCAACAGCAGUCCAUCACCUAACCAUUUAUUUCCCUUAUAUCCCCAUCCCGUAUCCAAACCAUAGCUCAUUUGCUCUCUUCCUCGAAACAUUUCUCUUCUAGAUCUACAAUCCUAGGCUGCUCUAGUGCUCCACUGACCACUGCUGUGGAUCUAGCCAAGCACCGUCCAUCCUUCGCCUCUCCUGUCCAGGAAGAACCCCAUGGAGGACAGCAGCAGCCCACCGCCUCCGCCGUGAGUGACGAACCGACGACUCGGAUCUGAGUGGAGACAUGGAGUAGUACUUAUCUUGCUGUGCUCCUCUUCUGAAGAAAGACUGAAGGUUGCAGAACACCGUGUGUUUGCCAUUUGCCAAGAUGUCUGUAAACCUGCAAAGACAGCUAUCUAUAGAGAUCGAGUCACCGAGCAAUAGGGAUGGCAUAGCAGCAACAGAAGCACAACCGAAUCAGCAGCUAGUACCAGGUGAAGUAAGGGGAGAAGAGGGCCAAGAGGGAAACCCAACUAAAGCCACCAGGAAAAAGAAAUCUCCAUUGUGGGAUUUCUUUGAAGAAUGCACUGUGCCAUCAAAGAAGAAGAAAGGAGAAAUGGAAAAUAAGGUCAAAUGUAAGGCAUGUGAAACUCUGCUCACCAAGAAUAGUAGUGGCACUACAACACAUUGGCGGAGGCAUUUAGAGCAGUGUGAUUAUCACAAGCUUCAACAAAAAUCCAUAAAACAACAUAAUAUCAAUUUCCCUAGCCUUGAUGAAGGUGAUGUUGAUCUUGAUGCUCCUUGUGUUUCUGUCCCUGGUUAUUAUGAUACUACAAAGAUACGUGAGCUUAUUUGCAAAAUGAUCAUUGUCCAUGAGUUGCCAUUUUGCCUUGUGGAGUAUACAUGGUUUAAUGUUUUGCUAAAGAGGCUAAACCCUUCUUACAAAAAGGUCUCUAGAAAUACCAUUAGAAGUGAUUGUAUGAGGCUUUAUGAAUCUGAAAAAGAAAAACUGAAGAGGACUUUCAAAGAUGUUAGAAAGAUAAGCCUCACAUGUGAUCUUUGGACCUCUAACCAAACAAUUUGCUACAUGAGCCUUGUUACCCACUACAUAGAUGCUGAUUGGUCAAUGCAUUGUCGUGUUAUUAACUUUCUUGAGUUGGAGCCUCCACAUACUGGUGUAGUUAUUGCUAAUGCCAUUUCUGAUUGUCUUGCUUCAUGGAGAAUUGAGGACAAGAUAGCUAGCAUCACAUUUGACAAUGCCUCAAGUAAUGACAGUGCUGCUAACCUGUUGCUUGCCAAGUUUACAAAACGUGGUUCACUUUGGUUUUAUGGAAAAUUCCUUCAUAUCUGCUGUUGUGCUCACAUUUUGAACUUAAUUGUCCAAGAUGGUCUGGCUGUGAUUAAGCAUAUAAUUGACAAAGUUAGGGACACUAUCAAGUACAUCAAGAAAUCAAACAAUCCAGCAUACAAGUUCAGUGCUGAUAUUGAUUCUCUCAACCUUAAAAGUGACAUGGGUUUGGCUAUUGAUUCCUGCACAAGGUGGGGCUCAACCUUCAAAAUGCUGCAAUCUGCAUUUUUUUAUAGGUCUGCCUUGGAUGUAUAUGCUGCAGGAGAUGCAAACUAUAGGUGGCUGCCAACACCAGAGGAAUGGAAUCUAUAUUGUGAAGUCAAUGAUGCCCUUUCUGUCAUUCAUGCAGCCACUGAGGAGUUCUCAGGGGGUCGAGUGAUUAGUGAUUAUCGCAGCUCUUUACUCCCAUCAACAGUACAAGCUUUGGUGUGUACAUCUAAUUGGAUUAGAGGAGGCCACCACAAAAGCACAGAUUUAGAGGAUGAUACUAAUUCUAUUAUCCUUGUCCCAACUCAAGCUUCAACUGCAAAUUCGGUUGUGGGCAGCAAUUAGACUCGUUUGUCAGGCAUAUAGCAUAGCAUCAACAAUUAGUUUGAAGAAAGUGCUUGGAGGUUUCACAUUGGCGUACUGCCAUUGCCAAUAGUGGAGUAAAUAUUUUGUGACAGUUGAAAUUUGAAGUACGCUGUGUUAGUAGUAUAAGUAAUAUUUAGAUAUUAGAGCUUUUAGAUGGAACAUAUGUUGGGAACUUCCGGUGGGCUACUUUUGAUGUUAAUUGAUGCUCUAUGUUCUGUCAAGUCAUUGACACAUGAUAUUGUAAUGUUUCUUAUGGUGUUAUACACACCGGUCUAUUAUAAAGUAGUAAUCCUAUUAUGACUUAUGCACUACUAUGAAUUUGUAAUCUUUCUAGUAUAUACCUGUCGAGAAGCUAUUAUAUUCUAUAAUGAAUUUGUAAUCCUACUUUGGCUUGUUAAGAAGCUUUUAUUGGGAGAUAAGUUCAGAUUGCUGAAGGAAACAGUCUUAACGAGCUUCUACGAAUUGAGCUCGAGUCGAGCCGAGCCUUGAUCGGGCUCGAACCGAGCCUACCUUCAAGCUCGAAGGUAAUGCUGGGCUCGGCUCGAGCUCGGCUCGAGCCUGUACCGAGCUCGAGCUUAGGUAGGUAAGCUCGCUCGAGCUCGGCUCGUUGACAGCCCUAGUGGAGAGGGGGAAGAAGAGGCUGACACGUGGGACCCACGCUGAGCCAGCUGCCACGU